AUGUCCGCCUCGCCUCCUCCUCAAGACGCUGCCCCGGCCACCACCAACGACCACGACGAGCCCCAGCAGGCCCAGGCCACCGAGCUGCCCGGCCCGGGAGCCUUCCUCAAGGGCGUCGUCGGCCAGCCAGUCGUCGUGCGCCUCAACUCGGGCGUCGACUACCGCGGCGUCCUGAGCUGCCUCGACGGGUACAUGAACAUUGCGCUCGAACAGACCGAGGAGUGGGUCGACGGCCGCAAGACCAACGACUACGGCGACGCGUUCGUGCGAGGCAACAACGUCCUCUACAUCUCGCGGAUAUAGGGAGGCGGCCUCGACUGGGCGAGCGGGCAGCGUGCGAGGGGACAGGGGAGGGCCGCUCUGCAGCAGCGAGCAUGUACAGCAAACUCGAAAGAG